AUGGUGGCCGAAGUUGAAGAUGACCGGGCACGACAGUUGCCAGAUAUAGAAGAGGUUCUUGGCGGUGAUGUGCCUGUGUCCGGGUGGUCGGGCAGCGAGCCCGAAAUCCGAGAGGCGCUAUUGAAAUGGUACGACUGCGAACGCCGUCGACUGCCUUGGAGAGGGGACCCGCCUCCUUGGAGUGAAAACAAGGCCAAGCUGAGAUCUGAAGCUGCCAGGAGGGAGUUCUCCAAGGGCUGCCCGCCUUUGUCGGCAGGCGGGGCAGGCCAGGUCCAAGUCAUUGAUCUAGACGAGUCUGCGGAGGCUGCAGGGGCUUUCCCGCGGAGCGCCUAUGGGGUGUGGGUGUCGGAAGUCAUGCUGCAGCAGACACAAGUGGAAGUCGUUAUCGGCUACUGGACUCGCUGGAUGGAUCGGUUUCCAAGCAUAGACGCAUUGGCUGCAGCCAAGGCUGAGGAAGUGAAUGCUGCCUGGGCAGGAUUAGGCUUUUACGGACGGGCCAGGCGAUUGCAUGAGGGUGCGAGGUAUGUCAUGGAGCAUCAUGGAGGAGAGUUGCCGCAGAACAUCGAAGAUCUUCUUCGCAUCCCUGGUGUUGGUCCGUACACAGCGGGAGCCAUCGCAUCGAUUGCCUUCAACAAGCGAGCUGCAGUGGUGGACGGGAAUGUUGUGCGCGUCUUUAGCCGCCUUGCAGCGCUGACAGGGCAUGGGAAGUCUCCCGCCUUGCACAGGCAGUGUUGGAAACUCGCCGAGGCUCUGCUUGAUCCUGAAAGGCCUUCUGCUUUCAAUCAAGCACUAAUGGAACUGGGUGCAACUGUCUGUACACCUCUCGCCCCAGCAUGUAGUCGAUGUCCUGUACGUACGGCUUGCAAAGCGCAGAAGCUGGCAGCCGCAGGCACAGUGACUUCUGUGACUGGCUUUCCGGCCAAGCAAGCAAGCCAAAAGCCUCGGCGUCACCGUGUUCUGGCUCUUGCGGCUGUCGUGAAUGCAAAGGGCGCCUGGAUGUUGGUGCGCCGACCGCCAAACGGUUUGCUUGCAGGGCAACUCGAGUUUCCGGCAAUAGAGCUCGAUCAAACGCAGGAGACAGUAGUGCCGACCCAGGCAAUAUCAUGCCUGAGAGAAUUACUGGCCGACUUCGGUCUUUGCUGUGAUUUGCCGCUUACAACUCUCGGUGCUCCCAUUGAGCAUGUUUUCUCCCACGAGCACCACUUCAUGCAUGUCUUCAGAGGCACUGUACCUGCGGGCUUUCCGGCAGCAGAGCCCAAGAGGGACGUGCACUGGCUCACGCCGAGUGAGGCUGAAGAAGCUGGGAUCACAAGUGGAUUGCAAAAGGUGCAAGAGGUGCUGGCGCAAAGGUCACACAUAUUUGAGAUCUACGAAGACUCGGAGGGGCGCGUUGCCGUUCGCUUUGCUGGGGAGAAAGGCGAUGCCGGCAACCAGAAGCUGGAGCUUUUCCAAGGCCCGGUGCCCCAAGCGCUGACGCUGACACCGCAGCCGCUGCCACCUGGGCGGGUCUUCGCUCAGUGUGCCUUGCCGGCGGAAGAGCUUCCGCCCUUGCGCCCGGAGCAGGUGGCCGAGAUUGAGGAGGAGCUGCUGAAAGCCGGCGGCAGCGAGCGCUUUCGUCGCCUCAGCCUCCAUCUUGGGGUCCAGGAGCGGCAGGUGCCGCGAAAGAAGACGAGGGCAGCACAGAGAGAGAGA